AUGUCGUUGCAACUUGAGCAUGACCGGCGAGUUUAUUUCCUUGAGCAGCAGGUCAAAGAUCUGGAACAGCAUCUCCGAAGUGAGUGUGAGUCGUCCGUGAAGACCCAAUUCCAGCUCAUGCAGCAAGUUGCCGAUCUGAAAAAGACGCUCCAGCUGAAAGAACAGACAACGAACUACCUAAAUCAACAACUAAAUGAAACGCUGAGUGCGUAUCGAGCACAACGCCAGCGUGCAGACAAGUUGCAGCUCGAAAUCGGCAGCAGCACUGUGCAAAAUCAACGGGAACAAGCGUUGAGAGAGCUUAUCAAACGACAAGUGCAGCAGAUUCGUGAGCAACGGCAGCGUGCAGACCAGUUGCAGCUCGAAAUUGACAGUAAAGCCGUACAAGAUAAACGCGAACAAGCGCUGAAAAAGCAUAUCCAGAAGCAAGAGCAGCAGAUCCGUGAACUGCAGGCAGCUCUUUCGGAAUCUACGUCUCGCUUAAUUGAACAGCAGAAGACGAACGAGCGACUUCAAACGAGUAUUGAGCUGCUGGAAAUGCGCUCUGAGGAUGAGAAUGUGCUGCUUGAAGACGAGCGAGCGCAUUUGGGUGACCAACUAGAGUCAAGUGAUGAAGCGCUGCAGAUUGGGACCGAAGUCCAGGCACCCAUGGCUAGUACGAACGCUGCAACUUCGUGA